AUGUUUUGCUACGCAAGUGUUGAGUUGCAAUCAUCCUCCGAUUAUAGACUUCCAAGGUUUGGAAGGAGCCGUGAAGCCAUGGUCCGUUCUUCUCGAACUUCUAGCGCUCGGAGGAAUGAGGAAUCUCAUGUAGCAUUUCAUUCAAGCCAGGACACUAGCAGUUAUAGCCAACAAUGCGAGCGAGAGGGCUUUGGAGAUGUCACCAAAACUCCCUUGAAUACACCAUCAACGGGUUGA